ACGGCUAUCAUGGUAUACAGUGCAAAUUUCCACGCCCAACAGUAUUCAGCUGACUAAUUAUUCGCCGAAGGCGAAGGCGAGGUGAAAAUCGCUGAAUAAAAACCGAGACGAAGUCGAGUCGCCGUUUUUCAGUCACUUUUCCAGUUCCCAGAAGUCGUCAACCGUGCUUGUCGCCAACAAACAUGUUGAAGAACAUUUGCGGAGCCGAAUAUUUGAGGCGAACGGAAAGCACCAAAUAAUAUUGCAACAAAAGAUAUGGCGCUGGGUUAUUAUGCUACUUAAACUUGCUAAUUUCUCACAUUUUUAUUAAUGAAAUAGGGCAAGCGUUAUGACUCUGUCUACAGCUUUGUUUAUGUAUUUAUGUAUUUAAUUUGAAUGAGUCGGGCAGGCGCGGGUUGAGAAAUUAAGUGCGAGAUUGUAAGAAACCAUGUAGAGUCUGCUACAGUUGGCUGAUGUUAUUAUGGUAACAAUGGUCGACCUUCUACGUGGCCGAAACUUUCUUGUCGUUGUGGUUGUGAUUCAGAUUGCAAUUAUUCUUUUUUUCUCUUCAUAUUUUAUUCCUUUCCCAUUCACGGCUAAACUUCCUUCACCGUCAAUUCCAAGGAAUGCAGAAAAUAAUGGAGGACAAAAACUUUCAAACAUAAACAAUGCGAAUUUGGCUCAAAAUGUUAAGGAAUUGUCGAAAGAUUUGAUAGAACUUCAGAGAAGCUUAGUAAAAUCAGUCGGUCACCAGCAGAAAGUGGGCUUACUUAUUCAAAAGACAUUUGAAAUGUUGACAAUACUGAAUGAAGAAAAUUCUGAUGGCAACCUGUUGGAAAACCCACAAGAAGAAAAUGUUAAGAAAGAAGUUUGCCCCGAACAGUUCAUGGGAAAGAAACUGAACUAUGGCUAUCCGCUGUUCCGAAAAGGAUUUGACCGUGUCGAUUGCAAAGAGUUUAUUCCAAAUGAAAAACUUAUAACAAUUGUGGCGAUUAUACCAAACGAGAUUGGGAGACCUGCGCAAAGUUACUUAGAGAUGAUGCAGGGUAUAGAGAAAUAUUACCCUGGGAUGCGGGUAAUAUUAGCCACGCAAAAACAAGUGCAACCGUCGGUCACAUCUGACAUAUCUAAACUUAAGAUUAAUUUUGAAAAUUUUGUGAUGAAAGCGGAUACAGGCCAAGGCGCCUUGUUGCAGGAACUUGUUGGUAAAGUCUCAACACCCUAUGUGUUAAUAGCAAUAAAUAUUACCCACUUUGAUGACGAUAUUAACCUGGAACGAAUGGUUCGUAUUCUCAGUUACAAACCUCAGGUGAAAUUUGUUGGUGGUGCUUUCCGCAAUUUGAAAGGACAGUGGGAUAUGGGUUGUCAACAGGUGACAUUUAGAAAUAUUACCGCUAAGUACAUGGGAGGAUAUUACAGGUCAUUCAAUGAAUGUGUAGUCUGUGAAUUUUUGUCAGGACCAAUAAUGGCGAGGACAGAUACUUACAAAGAGUUGCCAUUUGAUACCAGUAUCAAAUUCGGCUCAAUUUAUGAUUUGUUUUGGCGCUUCAAGAAACAAACACCGCAAAAAAUGGCCGUAUCGUGUCCGGAUGUCAUGUUUAACAUUCAAAGUCGCGAUAUUGCCGACGAGGAGCUUGUAACGUUCGCAAACAAACAUGCAAUUCACAGGAUUAUCGAUCCAGAUGGUAGGGUACGCUGGUAUGGAUGCCGAAAUGGAUAUUCUUACACUUCUGCAAAGUUGUGCAAGAAAGGAAAAGGAAUACACUUAUCUCCUGCAGAUAUGGAAAACCUCGCUGAUGUGAUGAAAUUCUUUAUGAAAGCAUGUGAUGAUGCCGGCGCUAUUUGCGAGUUUGCCUCUGGAACGAUGAUAGGUGCCGUGAAGUUCAACGGUGUUCUUCCUUGGGACAUGGACGGUGACAUUAUUUUCGUUUCCAAUAACUUCACUGCUCUUAAAAAUCUUGAGGGCAAAAUAAAAAACGCAGGUUACAAGUUGAGUGUUGGUUAUGGUACUACGGUGAAAAAUGGUCGUACGGAACGCGGAUAUUUCGGUUUGAGAACAACAAACUGGAGGGUAGAGUUAUGGGGCCUCCCUGAAAAGACAUUUGGAACUCAAAUAGACGUUGCCCGGGGGGUGAUUCCAACCAAGGUUAUGUUUGCUGGACAAUGGGUCAAUCAUCCGCAUAACCCCGGGCUUUUUACUCGCAAUCGUUACGGUCCCGGGAUAUACAAACAUCAGGAACAUUGGCUAACAUAUGGUCGCGGGAGUUCAUGGUUGUUUUAUACUCCAGGAACUUUCCAUCGUUGUCCUCAGCCAGGCCAGUCAUACUGCCUCGAUCAAUAUCCCAUUGAUGGUAAUAUGCAGUUUAAGGAUUAUUGCCCACUUUGAUAAUGAAACUGAAAGAAUUCCCUAAUGCUACCAUAUACCAAUAUGUCAUAGAUGCUGGUUCUUGUUCUUUCGAACUGUAUACUAUCACAACACCACAAUUCGUUUUUUUAAUUUUUUUCAAACCAUCAUUACGAGUCUGAUCUCUGUUGUCGGUAAACACUCUUGCUCCUCCUGCUUGCUCGUGGCUUGCUGUUUACAACUCUCUUGAAUGAGUCAACUUGAAUAUUAUGCACUGAAUAUGUAGUUGUAAACAGGGUCUUUAAAAACAUCAGUUUGUUUGCUUGUUGAAUAAAACGAUUGACUUGCUGUAUAUUUUGAACUUAACCAUCGUUUAAGCUGAACGGGCUUGAUGCAACUGGACUGGCCCCUGCAAGGGCGUAACACUUCUCUCGAAUUUUCGAUUGUUUUGCUCUACUAACUAAUUUUGCUCCAAUUAUAAUACUAAUAACGAUUUACUUAACUAAUUUGUAACACCAUCCAUAUAAAUACGUUAGAUAGCCGAGAUGACUAAAUUCCAACAGAUUUUAUAAAAUAUAAAUAUAGUUAUAACAUAGCUACUCCGGCAUUGUAUAUGACUAUUCAGCAAAAUGAUUGGUGGAGAUACCCACCGUAUAUCAGCUCAUAUACGUUGGGUAGAGCAAAACAAAAGAAAAAGCAUAACGGCUCAAGGCUGACCGGUUUUCUGAGGUAAAUAAAGAAGAAAUUGACAGAAUUCUGGAAUACUUUUGUCGCUCAACGAACAGCAUUUGGCUUUAUUAUAAAACAAUCAUACCACUCGCUCUUGUCGUAUAUGAGCCGACUCAGUGCUACACACCUCCCCUGCUAUCAGUUCAUAUACGACUCGAGCUCGUGGUAUAAGUUGUUAACUAUAUAGCUAAGCAAAAAGGUAGAUUACAUAGAUAAAGGUUCAGGGUUGUCCAUUAAUCAUUCUGAUUUUGUACAUAAAUAUCCUCGUAUGUGCUAAAGUGUCUGUCAGACUCAGAUGUCUCUGUUACAGAGUUUCUUCAUACCAGUGAAAAUGUUUC